GUAUUGGCUGAGCUUUUUCUUGAUCGUGACACUCCUCUCGUCGAGGAUGCUGAGUAUAGCCUACGAGACUUGCAUCCCUUUCGGCUUCUCUACGAGGGCCGAAACUGUGAUCACAGCACUCUUGCCGACCUCGGUAUUCCACAUGGGUCUGAUGUCUCGGUCGACCUCGUCCGGCUCCCGAAGCCCAAAGAGUUCAAGAAGCUUGGUGACGUCGACGUUCGUUCCGAGGGGUACCACUGUCAUGAUAGCUAUAUGGUCCGACUGGCAUGCCAGGAUCCCCAGCGAUUCUGUCUGGGUUUCUGUCGCCACUUUCAAGGGUCGGACUUUCAUUCGCACAUGCAGGAGAUCAGGGAAGGGAAAUACAGGGGAAGGGGAGAUGAGCCGUCCUUCGAAGAAGUUGUGGUGGUGGAUAUGGUCGCAGAGAAGAUCCUGUCGGGGGAGAGCAUCCGGAAUAUGAUCCGCAGUGUCUGUUGCUAUCGUGACCAAGGGAUUGGCGGCUUCAGGGUCGUGAAACCUUUGGCACUCGCCGAAGAUGACAGCGUUUACCUCCUAACAGCGAUGAAUGGCGCAGGAGGUGCUCAAGAGUACCAGAUAUAUUGUGCUGGACACAACUCGCAAAACACGGAUCCAGAAUCACUGGAACUUCUGUUCAAUGCUGCAGACAUGUGUAUCUUCAACUGCAUAUUCGCGAAGGGCUGCUUGUUCGCUCUUGCCGCCAAAGCCGACGGCGAGAGUAAAUACAUACUGGAGCUGAGACUUUGUGAAGGCCAGUUUACUGAGCUACGGCGGGUUCCUCUCGUGCUCCCCAAUUGCGAGGGCUGGUCUCAGUACGACUGCAGGCCUCGUUUCCUUUGUCUGGACGAUACAGGUGAUGCACUGUGGGUGAACAGCAAUGUUGCUCUGCUUGUACUUCCGAUUGACACCUUGGAGCCUCAUACCUGCUGCCUGUGGAAGGACCUGCGAGUGGCAGAGCCACGCGAACACUUGAAGCUGCAUGUUAGGAGUGUGCUGCUUCACAAACAGACACGGGAAGUUUAUCUACUCUUUGAUAACAGCACCGGUGUCUUUCACAGUCGCUAUCAGACUGAGGUUGAUGAUCUAUCAAUCUUUGAUCCUUGUUUCGUUCGGCGCCUGCUCCCUUCUCCAGAGAUUGGGCCACCUUGGAAAGUGUGUUAUGAAGAUCUUCCAGGCGACAAAGUUGCCACUGCCGAUUUGUGUAUUGAUGGCUUCUCGGACUCUUUCUGCAUCACUGAGUCGUACAUGCUGGAGUCCCCCUCUGCGCAGCAGCUGCAGGUCUUUGACGCAGGGGGCGGCUUUUGGGAACUGAAAAUUUAA